UGCAUUGUAUUUAUGCAAGUUCUUACAACAGAAGUAGUUAAUACACUGGGAAAUUUUAAACAAAUACUAGUAGUAAUUUUUUUAUAAUAAACAUGUAAAAAAUACAACCAUAACUGGAACCACCAUAAUUCAAAUUCUUACUACAUAAAGUUUGUACAACAAUUAACAUAACAACGUAACUACGGAAUAAUGGACAGAAGAUCCGGGAACAGAUUUUCAUUUCAUCGACAGGGAGGCGAUAAAGAAGAUAAACAGAAAAAUGACGGUCACUUGGAUAAGGGCAAUGAAAGUGAACAACACAGGAUAAAAUACAUUAGUCAGAAAGAAGCACACGAUAUAAACCAAGAACUAUUCACAGAAUAUGCCUUAACCGUCGAUCAACUCCUGGAGUUGUCGGGAUAUAGUUGCGCUGUUGCUAUAGCAACUUGUUAUCCAGUUGAAGUUAUGUCACGAGAAAAUCCUGCUGUCCUUGUUUGUUGUGGAUCGGGACAUAAUGGCGGAGAUGGGCUUGUGUGUGCCAGACAUCUGAAAAUGUUUGGAUAUAAGCCGACUUUAUUUUAUCCACGGAAAGCAAACAAGCCUUUGUUUAAGAGAUUGUUUAGACAGUGUGAAAGCUUAGACAUUCCUCUUCUGUCAUUUUUUCCGUCUGAACCAAAUCUAAUCACAGACUCGUAUAACUUUGUUGUCGAUGCAUUGUUUGGAUUAGGCUUUAAAGCUCCUAUUAAACCAGAAAUGGAAUCUGUUAUUGAAACCUUAAAGAAAAUUGAAAUACCCAUCUGCAGUAUAGAUAUUCCUUCUGGAUGGGAUAUUGACGCAGGCGAUGAAAAUGGACUGAAACCAGACAUGCUUAUCUCCCUUAUCGCCCCUAAAAUGUGUGCGAAGUUAUUCAAAGGCAAACAUCACUUUCUUGGAGGACGUUUUGUACCAAAAACACUUGAACAGAAAUACGAGUUGAAUUUACCGGUGUACUCGGGCUCUGACUGUAUUGUUGAAAUCAAAGUUGGAAAUGAAGAAACCGAGUACCAAGAGGAAAAUGACACAACUUGAACAGUAUAAAAAGUGAUUUGAAAUCCUGUCUAAUAAGUUUAGGCAAUGAUUAGUUUAAUUAUCACUGUUGUUUGUUACACUAUAUUUGACCUUAAACAGUCAUGAUUCCACUGCAUUGAUAUCAAACGUAAUCAUUUGUUUGGUAGAAGUGAAUAUUACAUGGGACAAUGCAUUUUGUAUUCCUUUUGAAUGUGAAUAUUAAUAUUACAAUGCCUUUUUCAUUCCUUUGAUUGUAUUCGUGCUAAUAUUUUUUGUUAUUAUUAUUUUUGAUGAACUUUUUUUGGAGCCAUUUGAUCAAAACUAAGUAAGUCCGCCUUUUAAACCAAACCAGACAUGAAAUAUAUAUUACAUUUAUUGUUGAUAUACGAUCACAAAAGAAACUUGAUAAUUUGUUGUGUAAUAUGAAACAAAACAUGGCUGUGUAAUUGCGUUGAAAUUAAAAUGAGAAAA